AUGGACACCACUGCUCCACGAAAGCGGUCUCUAGAUGAUGGGCUGGAGUCACCCCGCGACAAUAAGACAAGAUCUGCCCCCAAGAUCUCUAAAGCUCGUGCCUGCGCAGAAUGCAAGCGCCAUAAAAUUCGUUGCGAGUUUCGAGCAGGGGAAUCAACGUGUACAAAAUGUACGCGCAGCGGUAUCAAAUGUGUCGUGAACGACUUCUCACAGAAAUUCGUCGAUGAUGAUGGCAUAUGGAAGUCCCAAGCAUCUGCGACUAUGCAUCAGCUGCAGGCGGCUGUUUCGCAUCUAUUGCGACAAGGCGGGCUUCCUGAGCUCUCAACCUAUUCCUCCGGCGACGCUCUCAAUGGUCCCAGUCCUGCCGCAUCGUACCAUGCUCACCGUCCCUCCAUCGAUCGAUCACAGACACAAACCAGUCAUACCGAUGGACCAGGAGUUGUGAUGGAUGUUACCCGGGAGCCGUCACCGGAGCAGGAUCUCCAAGACCCGGAUCUAGUGCCUGCGCCUAUGCGCAGUUUAUACGAGGUCACCAAGUUACGGAACCUGAGAAAUAAUCAUAUCGAGGCGCCGAAACAGACGCUACUAGAGGAAGAUUUUAUUUCGCAAAGACUGAUCUCACUCCACGAAGCAGAGGAAUUAUUUGCGUACUUCAGUCGCACCAUGAACCAGCUAUUGUGGGGCGGAAUCAUCCUUGUACACCGGGAUCUAACUUCUGUCCGUCGCGCAUCGACGGUUCUCUCUGCUGCAGUUUUGACCGUUGCAGCGCUCCAUAUCCCAAACCGCACCGAGACCCUAAAUCGGUGUUACAACGAGUAUGUAUCGCUCGUCUCCAACAUGGCCCUGACGCGCGCCCACACUCUUGAUGAUAUCCGGGGCCUCUGCGUCGGGGCAUUCUGGCUGUCAGAGUUGAGCUGGAAAUUGUCCGGGCAUGCAGUGCGGAUUGCGACCGAGAUGGGUCUCCAUCAAAGUUACCAACGCCUGACGCGUGGCCAUACGGAUCAGUACGAACGCGCCCAGCUCUGGUAUCUGCUUUAUGUGUGCGAUCAUCAUUUCAGCAUUGCUUAUGGACGACCGCCGGUCAUCCAUGAGGAUGUGGCAAUCCGUAACUGCGAGACCUUCCUUGGGCUAUCGAUGAUUGUCCCCGGAGACAUUCGACUUUUAGCCCAAGUUGCGCUUUUCAUGAUUUUGACCGAGGCAUAUCGAAUGUUCGGUAGCGACACCGAACAGGCAUUGACCGAGGAGGAUUUCGGACAGUUGCGCGUAUACAACGUCGCAGUAGACCAAUGGCGACUGCUCUGGCAACCUCGAUCUGCCGAUAGCGCCUGGGUGCGGACUUAUCCAUCCAAAGGAGUGGUUCUGCACUACCAUUUCGCGAAGUUUCAGCUGAACUCGCUUUCCCUUCGUGGGCUCUCCCCAUCCAACACACCUGUCUUCUCUCUAGACCGCAAGGAAUCAGCAAACGUCGCCAUUUCCUCGGCGAUGGCAUGUUUGAACAUGGUUCUCGAGGAGCCCGAUAUCCGGGAUGCGAUCGUCGGUGUCCCUAUCUUCACCCACACUAUGGUCACAUUCUCCGCAGUCUUCCUGCUCAAGGUCGCUAUCAACUGGAACACAGCUUACCUCAGCAUCAAUGCACGCCAAGUGCGCCGACUAGUUGAGCGUGUAAUUGAGUUGAUGAAUUGUGUCUCUGCAGGCGAGCGACAUCUUACACGUCAUAUUGCCCGCGGAUUAGGCAAGAUGCUUGAGCGCUUUGACACUUGGGAGGCUACUUGGCAGUUCCGAGGGAGCACCGAGGCUGCACUUGACGGCCGCGAAGUCCCUGGGGGAGCCAACGCCAUGGCUCAGGGAUUCCCUCCGCCGGAUCUUAUAUAUGGCAUGGUCGGCACAUAUGGAUUCGGCCUUGACGAGAAUCUGCUUGAUCCGAGCAUGGCAGACUUUGACUUCCUGACGCAAUGA